AGUGGUCGCUUUUCCGGUUCCAGAAGUUGCUUUCACUUUGUUCCCGUUGUGGUUCAGACGUUUUCCUUCUCGUUAAACUGUUGUAUUUGGAUGCAGCAGCCGAGACCUGAACCUGAAUCUGAACCUGGAUCUGGACCUGGACCUGGAUCCAGCUGUGUGUCCAUGAAGAGUGACAUGUCUAUGGAUCCCCCUUAUAACUUUAAAUCUGGACUUCCUGCAGAUGGAAGGAAGCAGCAUAAGAAACCUGGAUCUGGAUCCGGAUGUGGACCCAGCCGUAAAAGGAGAAGACUUCAGCGGGAGGGCUCAGUCUCGGUUCCCAGUGAUCAGUCUUCCCCGCAGCAUCACACAGACCUGGACUCCAUAUUUAUGCUGCUGGAGGACAACAUCAUCACUUUUGUGAAGAACGAGCUGAAGAAGUUCCAGAAAGCUUUGAGUUCAGAUUACUCAGAAUCCUUGGAGAGUCAGAGUGAGGAUGAUGAUGAAGAGCAGAGGAGGAGCAGCAGAGAGGCAUUUUUGAACAUCACACUGCACUUCCUGAGGAGCAUGAAGCAUGAGAAGCUGGCUGACUGUCUGCAAAGCAGAACUCCUGCUGCAGGGUGCCAACUUAUACUUAAAUCUAACCUGAAAAAGAAGUUCCAGUGUGUGUUUGAGGGCAUUGCUAAAGCAGGAAACCCAACCCUUCUGAACCAGAUCUACACAGAGCUCUAUGUCACAGAGGGGGGGGCUGCAGAAGUCAAUGAUGAACAUGAGGUCAGACAGAUUGAAACAGCAUCCAGGAAACCACACAGACCAGAAACCACCAUCAGACAAGAGGAGCUCUUUAAAGCCUCACCUGGAAGAGAUGCACCAAUCAGAGCAGUGCUGACAAAGGGAGUGGCUGGCAUUGGGAAAACAGUCUUAACACAGAAGUUCACUCUGGACUGGGCUGAAGAGAAAGCCCACCAGGACAUCCAGUUCACCUUUCCAUUCACCUUCAGAGAGCUGAAUGUGCUGAGAGAGAAAAAGUACAGCUUGGUGGAACUUGUUCAUCACUUCUUCACUGAAACCAGAGACGCAGGAAUCUGCAGCUUUGAUCAGUUCCCGGUUGUGUUCAUCUUUGACGGUCUGGAUGAGUGUCGACUUCCUCUGGACUUUCACAACAAUGAGAUCCUGACUGAUGUCACAGUGUCCGCCUCAGUGGAUGUGCUGCUGACAAACCUUAUCAGGGGGAAGCUGCUUCCCUCUGCUCGCCUCUGGAUAACCACACGACCUGCAGCAGCCAAUCUGAUCCCUCAUGAGUGUGUGGACAUGGUGACAGAGAUCCGAGGGUUCGCUGACCCACAGAAGGAGGAGUACUUCAGGAAGAGAUUCAGAGAUCAGGAGCAGGCUGUCACAAUCAUCUCCCACAUCAAGAACUCACGAAGCCUCCACAUCAUGUGCCACAUCCCAGUCUUCUGCUGGAUCUCUGCUACAGUUCUGGAGGAGGUGCUGAAAACCAGAGAGGCAGGAGAGCUGCCAAAGACCCUGACUGAGAUGUACAUCCACUUCCUGGUGGUUCAGUCCAAAGUGAAGAUCGUCAAGUAUGAUGGAGGAGCUGAGACAGAUCCACACUGGAGUCCAGAGAACAGGAAGAUGACGGAGUCUCUGGGAAAACUGGCUUUUGAGCAGCUGCAGAAAGGCAACCUGAUCUUCUAUGAUUCCGACCUGACAGAGUGUGGCAUCGAUAUCAGAGCAGCCUCAGUGUACUCAGGAGUGUUCACACAGGUCUUUAGAGAGGAGAGGGGACUGUACCAGGACAGGGUGUUCUGCUUCGUCCAUUUGAGUGUUCAGGAGUUUCUGGCUGCUCUUCAUGUCCAUCUGACCUUCAUCAACUCUGAAGUCAACCUGCUGUCAGAAGAACAACACACCUCCCAGCAGUCUGAAGUCAAACCUGAACCAACACAUCUCUACCAAAGUGCUGUGGACAAGGCCUUACAGAGUCCAAACGGACACCUGGACUUGUUCCUCCGCUUCCUCCUGGGUCUUUCAUUGCAGACCAAUCAGAAACUCUUACGAGGCCUGCUGACACAGGAAGUAAGUGAGUCAGAGAUCAACAAGGAAACAGUCCAGUACAUCAAGAGGAAGAUUGAAGAGACUCCAUCUGCAGAGAGAAGCAUCAACCUGUUCCACUGUCUGAAUGAACUGAAUGAUUGUUCUUUAGUGGAGCAGAUCCAACAGUGCCUGAGUUCAGGAAGUCUCUCUACAGAUAAUCUCUCUCCUGCUCAGUGGUCAGCUCUGGUCUUCAUCUUAUUGUCAUCAGAAAAAGAUCUGGAUGUGUUUGACUUGCAGAAAUACUCUGCUUCAGAGGAGGCUCUUCUGAGGCUGCUGCCAGUGGUCAAAGCCUCCAACAAAGUGCUGUUGAAAGACUGUAACCUGUCGGAGAGAAGCUGCAAAGCUCUGUCCUCAGUCCUCAGCUCCCAGUCCUCUAGUCUGAGAGAGCUGGACCUGAGUAACAACGACCUGCAGGAUUCAGGAGUGAAGUUGCUGUCUGCUGGACUGGAGAGUCCACAGUGUACACUGGAAACUCUCAGUCUGUCAGGCUGUCUGGUCACAGAGGAAGGCUGUGCUUCUCUGGCUUCAGCUCUGAGCUCCAACCCCUCCCACCUGAGAGAGCUGGACCUGAGCUACAAUCAUCCAGGAGACUCAGGAGAGAAGCUCCUGUCUGCCGGAGUAGAGGAUCCAGACUGGAAACUGGAGACACUCAGGAUGGACCAUGGUGGACUGCAGUGGUUGAAGCCUGGUCUGAGAAAGUAUGCCUGUGAACUGGAGCUGGACCCAAACACAGCACACAAUCACCUCAAACUGUCUGACAGCAACAGCAAGGUGACAUGUGUGGAGGAGGAGCAGCCCUAUCCUGAUCAUCCAGAGAGAUUUGACUUUUGGUCUCAGUUGAUGUGUAAAGAAGCUUUGACUGGUCGCUGUUACUGGGAAGUCGAGUGGAGUGGAUGGGUUUCUAUAUCAGUGAAUUACAGAGGAAUCAGAAGGAGAAGAAACAGUAAUGAUUGUGAGUUUGGAUUUACAGAUCAGUCCUGGAGUCUGAGCUGCUAUGGUGAUGGUUACUUUGCCAGGCACAAUAAGACAAUAAAAACCAUCGCCUCCGCCUCUUCCUCCUCCUCUGGUAGAGUAGCAGUGUAUGUCGAUUAUCCUGCUGGCUCUCUGUCCUUCUACAAAGUCUCCACUGACACACUGAUCCACCUCCACACCUUCACAACCACAUUCACUGAACCUCUGUUUGCCGGGUUUGGGUUUGGGUUCUGGACUGGGUCUGGGUUUGGGUUCUCUUCUGGUUCUUCACUGUCUCUGUGUCCUCUGCAGGUCUGAGAGUCUCUCCUGUGGACAGCAACAUGCUGACUGCAUAUCAGCUGCUGAAAUCAGUUCAGUGUGUUCACCGUCACACACACUCUGCACAGUGAAGCAGAUAUGUCUCGCACUCAGACUGCUAUAUGUAAAAUAAUGCCUUUAAAUAAGGAAAAAAAAUUAAAUAAGAAAAAGGGAAACAUUACUGUUCAGCUUUUAAUAUAGUGUCAUUAUGCAAAUAUUCCACAUUUCAAAAAAAGCAUUUACAGGUUAAUGGUCUUUAAUGAUAUAAGUUUGUAGUCCAAUACUUAGGUACAAACGGCCUGAAUUAGCUUUUUGGUUUUUUACCAAGGCCCUGUGUCCACAGAUCUCCUUUUUCUGAGUCUCCUACCAGCGUUUCAUGAGUUUCAUUGUUUAUUGUUUAUUUAUUGUACUAUAUCUCCAACUUGUAUUUUAUUAUCAGUUAGGGCUACUAUACAUUUUAUUUGACAUUGUUUUUUCACCAUAAAAAGUAUUUUGGACUGACAACCGUUUGAAAGCUGUAGAGCGAGGAAGACGAUUUGCGUACAGAGAUACAGUUAAUGUCACACGCUCAUGGCAGCAAACUCCAGGGUCCGCCCAUUGAUCUGCUCAAACAAACAAACGUUUUGCUCUUUGUUGACGAUGGUCACCACAGUUCUACAGUGAUGAUACCGCUACUUUUCUGAAAUGUUGAAAUAUUUUCAAUUGCAAGCGCUCGGAGCGGCAGAACAAAAGCGCCAGAGCAUUGGGGAAAAAGGCGCUAGGUGUUGCUCUUUAUCUCUGGGCGGCAGCAUGCAACGAAAUGCACUAAUUGGACUCAAUCAAAAAAAGACGCUGGUGCUCAGAAAACGGCACUAUGUGGACACAGGCCCUUAAACUACGUUUUUUCUCCUUUAAAAUAUGUAUAUAUAUAUAUAUUUAAAUGGGUGGACACCUGAUUUGUUAGAAGAGAGGCUGUGUAUGCUUGAUAAGUAUGGUAUUGCUGUUCUCUUGUCUUUAUUUACAUUGCAUUUCAUAAAGGGUAAUCUCAAAUAUACAGAAAGAAAUGUGUUUGUACCUUUAUUAUUAUGAUUCUUGAAUGGGUUACUGGUUUAAAACAGCUAAUAACUAUUUGUAAUGGAAUCCGUUUUAAAUCAUGUAUGCGUCUAUACACAUGCUGCAUGUGUGGUACUUCUUGUUUUGUGUUGCAUGCCAAACUGUCAAAUCACUUUGAGCUUCAUCCUGUGUUUUACAUUACAUGUCACUUGUUAGAUGCUUUCCAAAGUUGCAGUACUGCCAUACACUGAUGCAUACCUCCACUCAGGAUUACCACCAAAUUAAGAAAAGUAAAACAAUAAGUGGUAAGAUCUUCAAACCUCCCCUGUGAAAAGAUAGUCAGGGUGUUUCUACUAGAUGAUGAAACAGUUACUGUUAGAGCCAUUUUACUUUGGAACUUUUAGAUUUGAACACUUAUUAAUAUAAGGCUUUAGAGUAAAACUCUACUAUUUUUGUGAGUCACAAUAUUUUUUCAAAUAUUUUUAUUUAUACGAGUAAUGAGUUAUUUAAAGUCUAUACAUUUUUUUGCUGUCAAAUGUGCGCUUGUCAGGGGUUAUGAUGCACAUGUCUGUGUGCCCUUAUAUGGCAGGACAGAGCUGUGUAAAUUAUUAGACGGGAUGCGUUAUAAUCUUUUGACGGUGUUCUUUUUGUUGUAGUAUUUGAGAUGGAGAAAUAACUUUAUUUACGUUGAAGCAAGAAAGUUUAUGUUCCUGUAUGUAUGCCUGAUCAAUCAAUAAAUAUGAUGUGAUUCAA